AUGUCAACAAAGAAACGGGAUGAUGGUGAUGACUUGACGGUCAGCGAAAAGGUAUGUAAUUUUGUUAUUUUAUGGAAUAUUUAGGUUUGGCAGCGAAGAGUAUAAUUUUUGGGAUUUUUACACCAUUUUGCUCAAAAUGGCAUGCAAUUUGAUCUAAGAUGAUGAUAAGCUUUUUUAGAAAUAAUUUGAAAUUUUAAAAAUGUUUUAUGGAUUGCCGGUUAAUUUUUUACGAUUUGUAAUUUUUCAGGUCACAAAAGCCUUGGCAAGGAGGUCAGAAUGGACGGAGAAGGACGAUCUUCUUGAUGUUCUAUACUGGGGACGACAGAUCGUAUCACUUGUUUUGGGCAUUGUAUGGGGUUUGGUGCCUCUAAAAGGCCUUUUGGCUAUCUUAAUCUACGCCGCCGUCUCAACUUUCGGCGGACACUUUUACAUUACUUCAUAUCAGGGAGUACGUUAUUGAGCUUUAUGUGGUAUAUCGUAUAUAUAUCUUAUUAUACCAUAAGUAUUGUUUACCUUUGUUGACAUUAUUAACUCAAAUCAUUUCAGCAAGACGAAGAAGAAUUUGGCGGCUUCUGGGAGUUGGCCAAAGAAGGGUUCGCUUCGGCCGUGGCCACAUUCCUCAUCGCCUGGAUCACCGUCUACUCAGCCAUUCACUUUUCAGACUAG